UACUCCUCCCAAGGCAGUACACUUCUGCAGUUCUCCUCCCAAGGUAGCAGACUACUGCAGUACGCCUCCCAAGGUAGUAGACUACUGCAGAACUCCUCUCAAGGCAGUAGACUACUGCAGUACUCCUCCCAAGUCAGCAAACUACUGCAUUACUCCUCCCAAGGAGGUAGACUACUGCAGUUCUCCUCCCAAGGCAGUAGACUACAGCAGAACUCCUCCCAAGGCAGAAGACUACUGCAGUUCUCUUCCCAAGGCAGUAGUAGACUGCAGUACUCCUCCCAAGGGAGUAGACUACUGCAGAACUCCUCCCAAGGCAGUAGACUACUGCAGUACUCCUCCCAGGGCAGUAGACUUCUGCAGUACUCCUCCCAAGGCAGUAGACUUCUGCAGUCCUCCUCCCAAGGCAGUAGACUACUGCAGAACUCCUCCCAAGGCAGAAGACUACUGCAGUUCUCCUCCCAAGGCAGUAGACUACUGCAGAACUCCUCCCAAGGCAAUAGUAGACUGCAGUACUCCUCCCAAGGCAGCAGUAGACUACUGCAGAACUCCUCCCAAGGCAGAAGACUACUGCAGUUCUCCUCCCAAGGCAGUAGACUACUGCAGAACUCCUCCCAAGGCAAUAGUAGACUGCAGUACUCCUCCCAAGGCAGUAGACUACUGCAGAACUCCUCCCAAGGCAGAAGACUACUGCAGUUCUCCUCCCAAGGCAGUAGUAGACUGCAGUACUCCUCCCAAGGCAGUAGUAGACUGCAGUAGUAGAUUGCAGUAG